GGAGGAGGAGGAGGAGAAGGAGGAGGACGAGGGUCGCCGCGUUGCACGCCGGUCCAGCAGGGGGCGGUGCUGCCUCGCGCUGCCCUCCUCAGUGUGGCUCCGUCUCAUGUCCGUGUUUACAAGUGAAGCGUGACGUUCACGGACCUAGAAGAAUACGUCUCACCGGGCAACCAAAAGCUGUUAAUACUCAUUAGAAAAGGUGCAAACAUGCUUUCGCUGAGAGCCUUCCUCACCGACAGACUGGCGGCAGCGGCGGAGGAGAUCUUCGGAGCCGUGGAGAAGACGAUAGCCGAGUACAAAGAGGAGCUUUCUCGGUCGAAAGAUUUGGAAAUCGGUCGUCUCAGGAUGCAGCUGAAGCUUCUCAAGUCAGAGCCCAGGUUGGACAGAUGCCUAGGAGCCCAGCUGCAGCAGCACACCCAUCACCACCAUCACCAUCCUCCUCCUCCACCACCUCCUCCUCCUCAGCAGCACCCUCAGUCAGUCCCUGCAGUGGAGGCUCCUGGAGUGGAGGAGGAAGAAGAGGAGGAGGAGGAAGGUGGAGGCAGCAGCAUGGAGCAGGAGCACCCAGGGGCCUCACAGGUGAAGAAGGAGCAGCAGAAGAGCCACAGGGACUUCUGGAUGGGUCACGAUGACGCUGCAGAGCAGCUGGACAGCCUCGAAUCAGACAUUAAAGACUUCAUCUCGUCCCCUUCCAGUCUGAGAGGCGGCCUGCAGGACCACACCUUGCCCUUCCACUCCAACCACAACCACCAGCACCAGCAUCACCACCACCACCACAACAACAACAACAACAGCAGCAGCAGCGGCGAGGAGAGCAGAGAGAAGCCCUACUGCUGCACCGUGUGUGAGAAGCGCUUCAGCAACUGCUCACACCUCGCCGCUCACAUCAGGACUCACACGGGGGAGAGGCCCUACAGGUGUGAGAUAUGCAGGAAGACCUUCAUCACCACGAGCGCGCUGAACAGACACCAGACCAUCCACACCGAGGGGAAACACUUCAUCUGCAACUACUGCGGGAAGUCCUUCAAGUGGAUGGAGUCUCUCGGCAGGCACAUGAGAAGUGUGCACAAGAGAGACAGCGUCCCCGUAUGACUCUCAGUGAAGGCGCUCAAGAGCUGUUGCUAAUUUUUGCAAUGUCAGUUGAUCUAUAAAUACAUUACAAUACAUUGAUUUAUGAAAUGUCAGAUUCACUGAUUGCCAUACCUCCAAAAUGAUGCCUUCAGAUGUCUUCUGUAGUCCACAACCCAAAGAUGUUCAGUUUACUCUCACAGAGGAGGAAAGAAACCAGGAAAUAUUCACAUUUAAGAAGCUGGGAGCCCCUUUUUUUUCCACCUUAAGAAAUGACUAUAAAUGAUUAAUCGAUUAUCAAAACAGAUACUGAUUAAUCGAUCGGCCGUCGCAGCUCUAUUGUCCAGCAUUUUAAUGUCGUAACUGUGUGUUAGUCCUUUAUCAUUUCAGUUCAAGCGAACAAAGAAUGUAACAUCUGUGUUUUUUUCCCCCUGUGUUUUGUCGUGUGGAUCUCAUCGAGCCUUGUGUACUCAAAACACCAGCUCCAAGGAGAUGAUGUGAACAUGAAAGGAAAGAGUACAUUUUAUAAGACGCUACGUAAAAUGUUUUCCUACAAAAUAAAUGCCAGUGAUGCUUGAAAAACC